AUGAGUAUGGUUUGCUAUCAUCUAUCCAAGAAAGUCGGCACAGGAGAUGCCCUAGAAUUGCAAUCUCUCUUUGCCUGUUUUGCCGCAGACACGCUUUCUACAUAUAUAUUUGGUUCCGCACAGUCUUUUGGGUCCCUAAAGUCACCAGACAUAACAGAUGACUGGAAGCGAAAGAUCAAUAGUGUCUUCGAGAUGUUGGUGCUCGUUAGACAUUUCCCAUGGCUUCUCCCCUUAGCGCGCACGCUGCCCUCAGUUGCCAGUCGGAUAUAUCCCACAUCCUCAUGGGCCUUUCAAGCAGAAAUGCAAAUUCGUCAAAGUGUUAAAGCUGUGUACGAUAACCCAGACGGAUGCCUCUUUAACGGAUCACGGAAAUCGAUGCUCUCCACUAUACUUGCCAGUGAUAAAGCACCAAAGGAGGAAAAAGACUUUGAGCGCCUGGCACAGGAAAUGACUUUCAUCAUGGUGGCUGGGACCGACGCGCCAUCCCAAGUAAUGGCAAUCACUAUGUUCCAUAUUCUUCGGAGCCCGGAUAUACAUCAAAAGCUCAAAGCUGAGUUGAAUGAUGCUUUUCCUGUUCCUGUGUCUAAUGCAGACUGGAACAAAUUGGAACAUCUACCCUAUCUCAGUGCCGUGAUAAAAGAGGGAUUGCGAAUUUCUGCUGUGGUGACAACGAGACUUCCACGUAUAGCACCGGAGGAGACCUUACAUUACAAAGAAUGGAGCCUUCUGCCCGGGACUGCUGUCAGCAUGUCCAACCACUUCAUCCUACGAGAUAAUGGAAUCUUUCCUCGGCCGAUGGAAUUCCUCCCUGAGCGUUGGAUGACCUCUCCUAAUGAAGUUCACCUACUGGAUAAAUAUCUCGUCCCUUUCGCUAAGGGAAAUUCAAGCUGUUUGGGCCCAUAUAUGGCCUAUUCGUGGCUAUACUCAGCAGUGGGAACCGUGAUACGCAAGUUCGAUCUGGAGCUUUACGAGACUAAUGAGGAAAAUGUCCGCAUUGGUUAG